UAACUUUUGCUUUAACGUUUAUAGCAUUUAUUUAACUAUUCUAAUCAUAUUCAUCUAUAUGAAAAUCUUAUAACAAAUUAUAAAUACAGCACGUACCAUACCGAUACAUACCAAUUCGUUCAAGUCUAUACUCUAUAGAUAAACAGACGGAGAAUGACCUAACCUAAGAAAAAAGCUGUAAUAGUUUGUAGUUCAUUGUAAACUAAUCAACCACACUAUACCGUAUAACUUACUUGUGUUAUAUUCUACGUAGGUGAAGAAAUCAAUAGCGGAAUUAUUUAGUUUAAGUUUAAUAGUGAAAAUUUUGAUAAAGUUGAACUUUAUAUCGGUAGGCCUACUCUGUCUAUUAGAUUAUACUUUAAUCAACAAGUACAACUACAAGAACAAUAUUUCCUGUUGUGUACGCAGUUAAUUUUGUGAAUUUGCCGAGACAAAGGUGCGCGGUCCAACAACUUAAUUUUCAGGUUGUUUGAAGUUUAGGCCUAUUGUAAUUGGUAUUUUUUGACGGAUGCGGUGAGACAUUUGAUAUGCGUAUGUGUUGUUAUAAUCUUGGUAUAGCCUAGGUAUUUAAUCAGUUGGUUCAAUAGUUCAAAUAUGGAAAUGUCAGAAUCAAGCAUAUUAGAUAUGAUCGAACUCUACAAAAAUCGAGCUCUGCUUUGGAAUCCAGCUCAUAAGAAUUACUUUAGGCGAGAUUUGAAACAAGAUGCUUGGGAUGAAAUAUCUGGAGUAAUGGGUUUAUCUGUAGACGACUGUAAGCGAAAAAUGCAAUCUCUCCUUUCUUCGUACCGGCGAGAAAAUUUGAAGAUAAAAAGGCAUCAGACUCAUCUUAGAGGAGAAAGUUAUGAUAGCAGGUGGUUUGCCUAUGAUGCUUUCAAGUUUAUGGAAGGCAGGCCUACCCAUUACUUGAGAAAGAAAGAACCUAUGUCUUCAACGGAAAAGGAUGAGAUCACUUUUGUGGACAUGAAUGAGAUGGUUGGAACUGAGGACGAUGCAGGAUUAUUUUGUGAGGUGAACAUUUCGAAGGAGAGUCAACAAGAAAAAAGAGCCUCAUCAUCAUUUGUUGUACCAUCCAAGCGAGUGAAGUACGAUGAUCACUCCUCAAUGUUGGACACAACGUCCAAUAUCCCUGCAUUCAAGCUAGAUGUUGGUGCGCCUCGUGAUGAAUUCGAUUCAUUUUUUGCAUUCGUUGUUGCUAAAGUGAGGAAAUAUUCUCCAGAUGUGCAGCAAUCGGUUCAACAUGCGGUGAUGGAUGCACUUAUGAGGGCUGACAAAGGGCUGUUGGGUACACCGACAGUUGCACCAACUCAUCAGUCAAAUAAUCAGCCAACUGAUCAGUCAAAUCAUCAGCAAACUAAUCAGCCAAAUCAUGAGCCAACUGAUCACAAAAACUUCUGGAAAUCCCAACAAUAGUAUUGAAGACAUUUCAAGCAGCACAUAUCUCUGUACA